AUGGCCUCAACAGAGUUUAACGAUGUUAGCUUAGAAAAUUUACAAGUAAACGGAUUAGGAGCAGUUGUUAAGGAUGCAGACGAUAAUAUGAUGGUAAACGAUGUCGUUAGUAACGGUGUUAAAGUGUACGACGAUGUUGACGAUCUAUUACAAGAUCAUAACUCCAGUGCAGGCCCCCGCAACUGCGAAAACAUUGGGUUAUCAAAAAAUAUCACAUGUGCCAAUAGUAAUAAUGACAAUGCUGUAAGUAAAGAAGAAUUAGGAAUUGAAAACAAAGGUAAAGUUAGCAACAAUGACAGCAUUCUGGAAGGCCAAAAUAAUGAAAAUGAUCAGGUGGGGUCUGUUGAUGCUAAUGUGGAGCCAAGAGUUAAGAAAAGUGGUGUCAGCACUGUUCAGGUCACUGUCAAGGCUGCUAAAGAUGGUAAAACCCCCCAGAAAGUGUACAACCACACCAUCAGGGUCAAAAACAACAACAACAUCGUCCUCGAGACCGAAAAGAGAUGUUCAAAGAAAAUCGAAAAGGCAAUUACAAAACCGAUAGAGAAGAAGAAAAAGACAUCGACAAACAUCAAUAGCAGCAACAGAACAUCAUCUCACAAAAAAGAGGAACCAACCUUAAAACUCUUUGAUGAUGACGACCUCCCUUUAACAGGCAAAGUAUCAACUGGCCGAAGUAAAAAGAAGAAGCGGCAAAACGAUGAUGAAGAUGAUGACAACGAUGAUGGCGGGGGCUGGCACAUGAUGAGCAAGAUAACUGGUAAGAUAUUUGACGACGACGAUGAUGAUGAGGAUCGAUACUACGACGACGAAUUCAGUUCACACCAUUAUGGCAGUGGUCAAUCUAAAAAAUUGUUAGCCUCCUCCAGUAAGCCACAUAGCAACUCAGAUAAGAUCUGGUCAUCUUAUGCCAAAAAGAAAUUUAAAGUGGAUGUUCAAGGCGGUCUGAAGUUUACAAAAUCCAGAGAUUUUAAUAAAUCCAAAUCUGUCAUGGGCAGUGGUAGCAAAGGAGUGCAUCAACAACAGCAACAACAUUACCACACAUCAUCCCACAACAACAACAGUAGUAGUAGCAAUUUCUUCGUGUCCCCACCAUCAUCAUCAUUGGCUGCAUUCAAUGCACCUGUGACCAACCUGAUGGACAACGACGAACUUGAGAGAAAAUCAUCCAUACUAAAAGCGUGGGAAACUAAACUGAAAUGCCUAGACAGUGAAUUAGAGGAUCGAGCGAACACGAUCAAAAGGAAUGAAGGAAAGAUGGUGAGAGAGGAGAGAAGGUUGAAGGAGAUUGAAAAUUCUCUCAAGUAUAGAGAGAAAAUUCUCUCAUUUGACUGUCUCACAGCUAAUAAUAUCACCAACAACGAUGAGACUGAUAACAAAACAUCAUCCUCUUCUUCAUCAUCCUUGCACAGCGUAGAACUUUCCAGGCAAAAAAAGGAAAUGAUUGACAUGAUGAUUGAGUAUAAAGAGUGGCUGGAGCAGCAGCAGCUGCUGCUGAGAUCAAGUGACGUCACGCAGCCACUGACGCUACAGCCCUUACCACAUGAAAAGCAGUUUAAUGAUGAUGUUGUUGAUAAUAUUAAUGAUAAAAGAAAUGAUGACAAUGGUCUUGGUAAUAAUAAUAACAGUGCUGAUGGAAACAGUGGCAACAAAGUGGAAGAAUUAUUGCAAGAGAAUGGAAAUAAUAAUGAUAGUAAUAAAGGUUCUGCUAGUGCUGUUGUUGGUGGUGAUGAUAAAAAUGAUGGUGAUAAUGACGUUGCAGAUGAUGAUAACAAAGUGAAUAAUGAUGACAGUGGCCAUAAGAAUGAUGAUAACAAUAAUGAUAAUGAUGUUGAGAUGAGUGAAAAUGUUAAUGCGUCAUCAGCAUCAUCAAACAUGGGCUUUGGCGUAAAAAUACCUGGCGGUAGUGAUUUCCUCGAGCCAUUCGUAUACGACGACGAUGUCAACAACAACGAGAAUGAUAACGACGACGAUGAUGAUGAUGGUGGUGAUGAUAAUAAUGAAAACAACAACAUUCUUUACGGCAACGUUGCUAGUGAUGGCAAUGAUAAUAAAAAUGAUGAUGCGGGUGAUGUUGAAUUAGCUGAAUAG